AAGUUGUGUAACCCCACACAAUUGUUCCUCAAUAAAAUGAAAGAAAUAAAGAAAUAAAUAUACUCUGGAUUAAAUCUCUCUCAAAAUUACUUGUCUAUUCCUUAAAUCCCUAAUAACUAUAGGCACACCACUAUCUCAGAUUCAUCUAUAGGUCCCCACUAAUAAACCCUAAACCUUUAUCAUCUACAACAACAACAAUGAAGAACUUUCGUUGUGCCUCUCUCUAUAUUCGGAGCUUCCAUUCUACACUCUGUAAAACUUACCCUUUUCUAAUUGCUUAGACUUUUUUUCUGUGUGGUUCCUCUAUAAAUAUUCUAAAAAUAUUUUCCUAAAAUCAAAUGUGAUGUUAGCUGGUUUUGAUUUUGGAUGUGAUUGGGUUUCAAAGUCUAACGCUAUGGCACUGGUAAGUAGCUCAAGGCUUUUUUCAUAUCGUAAUUUUUCUGGUUUUAAGAAUAGAUCUGAGACUUUGAUUUUUUGGUUAAUAGAUGAAUUGUGUUGGUUAUUGGUGUAAUAUUCUAUAUUUUUUGCUGGUUUCCUAGUAGUGGUAGACUAAAAUUGUAACAAUGCUUUGUGAACUGAACAACUAUUGUUUAUUCUACCCAAUUUUUUUUGGUUCCUCUAUGACAAUGGUUGGUAACCUUUUUGGAGUUCAUUUGAGGAAUAACCCUUUUUGAAAUUUCUAUUUGCUUCAAUGAUUUUAUGGGAACUUGAUGGACACUUAAAGAUUUGCAAGGCAAAUCUAGUUUGUUACGAGAGGGUCGUGGAUAAGUUGACGGACAAUGAGGAGGCCGAGCAGUUUUUUUGUGGCGUUCAUGGAUUUUGAGGAGAAGUGUAAGGAGACAAAGAGGGCUAGGUGCAUAUAUAAGUUUGUGUUCAAUCACAUAGUGAAACGGCGAGCCAAGGAUUUGUACAGGAAGUUUGUGGCGUUAGAAAAGUGGUAUGGUGAUAAGGAAGGUAUUGAGGAUGCUAUAGUUGGAAAAAGUUUGUAUCAAUAUGAGGAUGAAGUAAGAAAAAAUCCACGUAACUAUUAUAUGUGGUUUGAAUAUAUUUGGCUGGAAGAGAGCGUUGGAAAUAAAGAGAGGAUUAGAGAGGUUUAUGUGAGAGCCAUUGCUAAUGUUCCUCCUGCUGAAGAGAAGCAGUAUUGGCAGCGAUACAUUUUCUUGCGCAUUAAUUAUGCAUUAUAUGAAGAUCUUGAUGCACAAGACAUAGAAAGGACCAGAGAUGUCUACCGAUGAAUUGUGCUUUGGGAUAAUUUUCUUCAAGAAUAUGACAGCUGCAGAGCUGAUAGAGAAACAAAUGGCCGCUUAAAUCAUCUCGGUGAAGAAUGAAACAACAGCUUCUCCAGUUAGUACAUACAAAUAGUUAUGACUAGGUUCUUGUUUCGUAUUUUGACUUGUUUCGGGAUUUGAGCAGCUUAUCAUAGAUCUUUUUUUAAUUUUUUUUAAUAAAUUUAUGGGUAGAUGCUAGUUAUGCAAGGUCACAAGGUAAGCUAGAUUAAUAGCUAUUGAUGGGUAUGCAAGUUCGCAAGGUAGCUAUGCAAGGUCGCAAGGUAGCUGGUUUAAUUUCUUUCUCCAAAACCAAUGUUUUGACUAUCCUUAAUUUUUUUGUUUGACCACUAUUUGUAUGAUAAAUAAGGCAUAUUGAUUUCUGUUGAUAAGGAUUUAGCGAGGAAGUUGAAAGUAUCAGCGUGAAAGGGUCUUAUCUCUUCAAAUAUUACAUAUGGCAGCUUUUUGUGCAUUAUUCCAAAGCAUUGAAUCUCAUCUCUUAAGUACAUAUUUGUCCACAAAAUUUGUUCUGUUCUCUCAUUUUGGUGUUAAAGGGGCAGCAAAAGGCAUGUUGAAAAUUUAGGAAAGAGCCCCUGUAUUUUUCAAUUUCCAAAAGGUAUCACCUAAGCCUUCUCACUAUUUGUUGCCUCCCUGUAUUCUCAUGUAGAAUGAUCAUGCACUGCAAUAAUUGGUGGAAGAUGCAAAUGAAUAUCUUAUAUGGAGAACAUGUCUAGUCACCUCCUUUUUUCAAUUCAUUGAAACUAUAAUUCAUUGACUAAUUUGUGCAAGCCUUACUUAUGUUUCUGCUCGUCACCGACUCAUGAGAGAUGCAUGAUGAAGUAUUACAUGUUAAAUUAAUACGAAAAGUGCAUAUUGGCUACUUUUUAUAGCUUUGAUUCUCUUUUACCAUUUUCCCAGUCAAUUGUAUUAGCAAGAUGGUCAAUCACAUUAUGAAUGACUAUAAAUCAACUAUAUUUAGCUUUCCUGAAGUUCUAAGCAUUGUAGGUAUUCUGGUGACUAUUAAAGAUUGUAUGCAAUAUCAAGGCUGAUUGGAGAUUUGACGACUUACUCAUAGUAGAUAUUGUGUUUGAGAUGGAUAUUUCAAUAAAAUCACUACAGGUUUGCAACUUAAUUUGCCUUAUUCGGAAGAACUAAUAGUGUACUUCUUACUGGGGGUGGUACUGGUACGGCAUUUAUUUUCUGUUGCCUUUUUUUUUUCCUCAAGCAUGGUCAUUUCCUAGUUAUCCUUGAGUUAUUUGUAGCUAGCUUUAGAACAUGCUUAGUUGAUACAACAAUGUGGUUUCACAAUUAUUUAACCAAAUUUUAUAGUUAUUUUUAGUAUAUAUUUGCUAAGGUGUUGGGGAAUGCAAAAGAUAUAACUCUAUUAAGACUAUGAUUUAUAGAUUCACGAUUAUGAUUAUUUAGAUAUUUCAGCUUUUGAAUGACCAAAAGUUAUUCUAGAUUGAAGUUUCUUAAAUUGCUUGGGGAAUCACUUCUUAAGUCAUUAAUGUGUGUAGCCAAGUUAUAUGGAUUUGUGAUUGGUUAGAAGACUGAUAGUACUCUCUUCAUUCUUAGAGCUCAAGGAUUAAUGAAAAAAAAUUAGUUUCAAGUAUGUUAAAUUCUUUUGUGAUGUUAAAGUAAUCAUUGUCCCCGUCAAAUGAUAGAUUUAUAUAUGUACCCUGACGUACCUAGUAGCUUCUGUUUCACAAUUUAUUAAGGUUUAUUUAUAUUCUAGUUUGUUUGACUAAAGUGCAAAGAUAUAUUAGACAAGUCAAGUAUAACUGCAGUUAUAAUAGAUUGGGAUGCUUGGUUAAUUUGAAUUCGUUUCUAUUCUUUACAGAUUUUGGAAGCUGAAGUUACAAGUCAAUAUGAAGGUUUUGAAGGCAUACAAGUGGACUGUCAUUUUGCUAUGAAUAUUAUACUAGACUUAUACCAUAGUGUAGGGAUAGAUUUUAUUGCUUAGGGGUUGAGUAAAAAUUGUGACAAAUCAUUUUUUGUAAUUGAUUACUCUUUUUUAUGUAUAAAAGUAGGAUUAUCUUUA